AUGUCGUGUUCCUGCCAAAGCCAACCUCAGUACACCCAGCCUCAGCCAGCUCAACAAUGCGCAUGUGCUCCACAGACCCAGACUCUGCAGUACACCACCACCCAAUGUCAGCCAGCCUGCCAGCAGAGCUGUGCUCAGCAGUGUUCCACCUCUACCUUGAACAACUGCCAACAGACCUGCCAGGACUCCUGCCAAGCUUCCUGCGCACCGGCCUACAACCCUACACCAGCUCCAGUAGUCAGUCAAUGCCAGCCAGCCUGUCAGCAACAGUGCCAGCAAUCGUGCGUGGCUCAGCAGCAGCCUGUGGCCCAGUGCAACAACCAGUGCCAGCAGCAGUGCAACGUCGCCUGUAACCAACAGCAGCCUCAGGUACAACAGACUAUUGAGCUCCAGAUCACUCUCCCAGUUGCCCAACAGAGCCAACAAUGUCAGCCAGCCUGUCAGCAACAGUGCCAACAAUCCUGUACUGCUCAACAAAUUCCGGCUGCCCAGUGCGCUGACCAAUGCCAGUCACAAUGCUCGAACUCCUGCAACACCUACCAGGCAGCUCCAGUCAGCAACCAAUGCGUACCUGCCUGUCAGCCAGCUUGCCAGCCAACCUGCACACAGCAGUACCCGGCAACCACAGCCGCCCCUGCUGCCUGCAUGCCACAGUGCCAGGACCAAUGCCAGGCGUCGUGUGUAGCCCAGCAACAGCCAGUCGCUCAGUGUGCCGAUCAGUGCCAAUCACAAUGCGCCAACACUUGCGGCGUUCAGUACCAGCCAACCUACACCGCCACCGUUGCACCUUCGGCAGCUUGCAUGCCUCAAUGCCAGAGCCAAUGCCAGUCUACCUGCGUUGCACAGCAACAGCCAGUCGCUCAAUGCUUCGAUAGCUGCAACUCACAGUGCUCACAGAAUUGCGGUGCUGCUCAGCCUGUCGUUCAAGCACAGCCUCAGUGCACUCCGGCAUGUAUGCCAGCAUGCGACAACACCUGUGUUGCCGCUCAGCAGCCCGUCCAACAGCAACAGCCGUCCUGUGCUCAGCAAUGCCAAUCGCAGUGUGCUCCUGCCCAAUCACCAGUGCAGUGCCAACAGUGCCAAUCCGCUUGUGAUUCACAGAAUGCUCAAGUCGUUCAGGUCGUGCUCCAGGCUAGCGUAGCUCAGAGCUCUCAGUGCCAACCACAAUGCGAGUCCACUUGCGUUUCGCAGUGCGCUCAGCAGAAUCAACCAGUGGCAUCUUGCCAACCAGCCUGCCAGCAGAGCUGCAGUAACACAUGCCCUUCAGCUGUUGCAGCUCAACCUGCCGCUGUCGCUUGUCAGCCAUCCACGAACAACUCCGGUUGUCAAUGCCAAACCGGUUACUCGCCCUGCGCCAACAGCAACCAAUGUUGCCGCCGCCGUUAA